AUGGAGGAGAUUCAAGAAACAAAGAUGGAGCUGAAUAGGAUGCUCUUGGCAGAAGAGGACAUGUGGCAGAUCAAGGGUUCUAAUAAUGUCUGGCAGGAGGAUGAGGAAAUUAUGGGCAGAACCUUUGUGGAGUAUUUUACACAGUUAUUUACGUCAUCCCAGGUUGAAGUCAGUAUAGAGUUGAUUGAAGCCAUCCAGGUAAAGGCGACGGAUAGGAUGAAUACCUUACUUCUACAGGAAUUUCGUGCUCAUGACAUGGAAAAAGCUCUGAAGCAAAUGCACCCACUGAAGACACCUGGCCCAGACGUGUUAGACUUUCUUAACAACGGUGUAGCUCCUCCUAAGUUCCAUGAAACGCAUAUUGUACUUAUCCCUAAAAUGAAAAACCCGGAGUAUGUAACGGAUUAUAGGCCAAUCAGCCUAUGCAACAUGACCUACAAGCUUGCCUCAAAGGCAGUGGCAAACCGCCUUAAACUGGUCUUGCAGGACAUUAUAUGCGAAAAUCAAAGCGCUUUUGUGUCUGAGAGGCUCAUCACAAACAAUGUCUUGGUGGCUCAUGAAUUAGUGAACCAUAUCAACAGGAGGAAGAAAGGAAAAAACGGAGAAAAAAGGAAAAAACGGAGAGAUGACCCUGAAAUUAGAUAUGAGUAA